CUUAUUCAUUUGGAAAUCAAACCAGCCAUCAGGAACCAGAUUAUACGAGAGCUGCAAGUUCUACAUGAGUGUAACUCGCCGUACAUUGUAGGGUUUUACGGCGCUUUCUACAGUGAUGGAGAAAUCAGCAUCUGCAUGGAGCACAUGGAUGGUGGUUCUUUGGAUCAAGUACUGAAGGAAGCCAGAAGAAUCCCUGAAGAAAUUUUGGGUAAAGUUAGCAUAGCUGUACUCAGAGGUCUGGCAUAUCUUCGGGAGAAGCACCAAAUAAUGCACAGAGACGUUAAGCCCUCCAACAUCCUGGUGAACUCGCGCGGCGAGAUCAAACUGUGCGACUUUGGCGUGAGUGGCCAGCUCAUCGACUCCAUGGCCAACUCCUUCGUUGGAACACGGUCGUACAUGUCGCCGGAAAGACUUCAGGGCACGCACUAUUCGGUUCAGUCAGACGUGUGGAGCAUGGGCCUAUCAUUGGUUGAGCUGGCUAUUGGACGCUACCCCAUUCCCCCUCCUGAUGCCAAGGAGCUGGAGGCCAUAUUUGGCCGGCCAGUGCUGGACGCAGGUGGGGCAGAAGGCCACAGCAUGUCUCCGAGACCCAGGCCUCCAGGACGACCUGUUAGCGGACACGGAUUGGACAGCAGGCCAGCCAUGGCUAUAUUUGAGCUACUGGACUACAUUGUCAAUGAGCCACCACCCAAGCUGCCCCAUGGCGUCUUCACCAUGGACUUUGAGGAGUUUGUGACAAAAUGCCUCAUUAAGAACCCUGCUGACAGAGCUGACCUCAAGAUGCUAAUGGGCCACACAUUCAUCAAGCGGGCUGAGGUUGAGGAGGUGGAUUUUGCUGGAUGGAUGUGUAAAACGAUGGGCCUUCACCAGCCCAGCACACCUACUCAUAGCGCUGAAUGAACGCUGGCUCACAGCGUAGGCACUCAUGCCAUCCUUAUCCUCCGCUUUACUUCUUCCUCUCUGCCCUCACAGGCUUGUAAGCCUCUGACACACUAUUUUGUGCACUCUUUCUCUCAAAUUCUCUGCUUGCUCUUCCCUUCCGCUGCAGUGUGUUCUGGGGAAAUUGUUUUUAAGAGCCUCUGGUGUUGGAACACUUAGUCAUUUGAAUGAAUAUGGAGAUUAGAGUCACUUAAGUGGAGUGGCUGUAUUUUCAAUGAUCAGAUUAUUCAGGAAUGUUUCAAAAAUGGUAAAAAUGAACAACAAUUUCAUUUGGGUUUUUUUUUUCUUUUCAUUGACCAUUUACUAAGUCAUUAUAUUAUUUUGUUGCUCAAGUGAUAUUCAUUGACCGUUUGUGUUACACUGUCAAAAUUGAUAGCAUGGUUCAAUGGCAAAAAAAUUAAUUAUGAAUCAACUGCUGUUUGCAUCUAAAGAAAGAAAAUAGGGCUACUGUGGAUCAUACAGGUUGGUUUAUAACAAAGGUGAUUAUUAAAAAUGCAAGAUGCUCAAGCGCAUUUGUACAGGUGUUUAUCUUGUGCAUUGCGGACAGCAGUGCUUUAUAAUCUGCUCAACAUUGGCCUUUAAAAUGGUUUCAUCAUGUCUUUCUACAGUAAGUUUGUCUUGUUUGACUCAUCUUUGUCACCAGUGCUUGAACGGGUUUCUCAAAUCUUGCUUUAUUUUUCAAGUUAAAAUGAUAUACAGAAGCUUAUAUUUGGGAAGAUUUGUUUAUAACUUAUGCUUCAAUGUUAUAUAUAUAUAUAUAUAUAUAUAUAUAUAUAAACCUAAAAUUUCCUUCUUUUGAUUUCAAGUUUUGAGUACACCUAGGGUUGCACAUAACUUUACUGUGCUUUUCCUUGAGCCCUACUCCAACUAAGCCCACAACUGGUAAAAUCAUAGUCUGUUCUUCAGUGAUAGAUAAAGUGCAAAGUAAACUCUCAGGCCACCAUGUACAGUGCUAUGCAGAUCAAAUGAACCUCAGCAGAUAUUGCCGUACUAGUAGGUCUUAUAAAUACACGGGUUACAGACACGGGUGUUCACAGGCAUUGCGGAGUGUGGCUAAAGCCCACUUGCUCUAAAUAGCUUUGUGUUUCAGUUUUUCUCUCUCUAGUACUUUUCAGUAAUAUUGAAACUGUAUUAUUCACACACUGGCAUUUAGCUCAGACCAAGUGAAUGCACCACCACACUCGCGUGUAUCAAAAUAUAUGUAAAGUACAAACGGUACUCAUUUCAGUCUUAAAUUUUUUUGCCUAGUUUAAAUAAGAGUAUAUAAGUCAUUUUAUUACCAUUUGGAAAGUGUUGAAUACAGUUCUAAUAUAAAAAUAAAACUUAUUUGUGAAUGAUUA